AUGCAAAUGAGAGUCGUUUUACAAUGGUUUUAUGAUUGGUGGAGAAAUUAUAAUCUAUUCAUGUUGGAAGAAAAUGACUACUAUGAAGAAAAUCACUCGAAAGAUCCAGUCAUUGCCCUCAAACAUCAAAAAUAUACCACCCGACUAUACAUUCUUCUCCUCAUGGUUUCACUCUAUGUUUUGUUUUACAUCACCUUAAUGAAUCCACAUUCUCAAACGAUCACGAUUUAUGAAAUUAAUCCAAAUAUUUUCACUGAACUUUAUUCGAAUCAUAAAGAAACGCUUUCAUGUCCAUGUUCAACAGUUACAAUACCUUACAAGAACUUUGUUUCAAAUACAAUUACCUUUCACUCAAUUUGUUCGAGUGUUUUUGUUAGCAAACCUUGGAUAGAAGCAUUAUACUUGAUCAAUGCAAGCGACUACGGACCUUCCGACUUUCGGACAACAGCCCGAUCUCAAUUUCAACUUCUGGCCGAUCUGUGCUCAAUCUCGAGUGAUACAGUUUCUCAGAGUCAAAUCGAUUUCGACAAUGAUGAAUAUCUUACAAUUCAUCUUCAGUCUGCCGAACGCCUGCAAUUGGAAGUUAAUGCGACGAUCAAUCUCAUCAAGAACAGCAUCUCGACACAGAUUAUAUCAUUUCUGAAUUACCUUCGCGUCUAUGUUCGCGGCAACUAUGUAGUCUCAGCAUUGAAUACAAAUCUCAUCUUUGGAAGUUACUAUCUCAAUAAUCAAUAUACCAUUCAUCAACUACAGACACAAUUUACUGAAGAUACGACCAUUUUUGUUACGACACCUGAAACGUUGAUGUGUGGCACGCAAAAUCCAGUUAGUCCUACAAGUUUCUCAUCAAGAUCCGGUGUGAUAGGAUUGUUUGUUAUAGCCGGGUGGUCAAGACCGCCAUCAAAUAUGAUAUUUGUCGAUGGAUUCUUUGCUGGAUGCACUCCGCUCGAAGCUCUCCUACCAAGUACACUCGAUUGUUUAUAUGAUAUUAAGUGCAUCCAGAUACUGAUCACCUAUUUUCUAAAUCUCGACAAACUGAAUUUCAACUGGACAAGUGAAAUUUUGCCAGGCGAGCAACAGAACAUCACUGUGUAUGAUUAUCUGCGCGAUCUUUUCGUCAAAGAAUGGUCCACCGAAGUGAAUUAUGCGGAAUAUUUUGCCGAAUGCUUGCCAUCAUCAUGUUCCUAUAUAACAACCGCUCGAACUAAUCUUCCUUAUGCGAUUACAAUGUUUAUUAGUUUAUACGGUGGUUUAAUAAUCAUUCUUCGUUUAGUUGCGCCAUUUCUAUUCGAAAUGUUUCUCAAAUUCAAAGAAGUUGUCGAAGAUAAGAAUCUUUUUAUUUUAUGUCAUAAUAUUCAUCCAAAGAAGCUCUUUCGAUCGAUUCAGCAAGUCAAUCUUUACAAACAUAUCGAGAAAAGAUCGGAAGAGGAUAUCAGAAAACAGAGACUGAUCACGCGAGUUUAUUUGAUUCUCUUAGGAGUUUCAUUCACCAUUCUUCUAAUCUUCACUUCACUAAGUACAGAAAUCGCAACAAUAACCGAAGCGAAUCCGUCUUUAUUAACUUACGAAGAAUUACAAAUCUUGCAUCCCAACACAUUGCUGUGUCCUUGUUCAACAACAACUAUACCUUAUGAAAAGUUCCUAAGUCUAUCCCCAGUUUUGCAUCAAGUUUGCUCGAGCGAUUGGGUUUCCGAUCGUUGGCUUUCCAUCUUGCAAUAUGUCGUUGAUUACAACACAGAAGAUUGGCGAAACCGAGCAUACUUACAAUUUAAGUUACUAUCGAAUCUUUGCCAAUUAGCGAAGAAUACAAUCGAUGAUGCCGUUCAUCACUUUCUUUCUCAAUCGUUGAUUAUUGCUAGUGUUCUUUCGGAGAUGGAAUUUCGCACUCAAUUAGACGCAACACUGAAUCAGUUUUCUCAAUCAACUAUCACUUCAUUUGGUUCUUUAGUUAACAUCGCCCGACUACUCACCCAAGUCGACCAAUUCUAUCUAGGAUCGAGAAAAAACGAUUGGGACACAAUCCAAGAUCCAUUCUUAACAGGAGUUAUUCAACCGAAUAACCUCACAUUACAAAUAGCAUUUAGCUUACCGGGAACUCGUUAUGUAAAUUUGUCAUCGAUCAAUUGCAUUUGUGCAACAAAUUCUUCUUGUCAAACUUCAGUAGCUGUUUAUCAAAUGGAUAGUGUUUGGAAUUCACGUAUCUAUGCGUAUAUAAGUUACAUCGUUCCUGGUUCGCUUGCUAGCUGUUCAACAUUCAGUUCUCUUCUAUUUUCACAACUGUUUUGUUACUAUUCCGAAUCGAAUUGUUAUUCGAUUCUAAUGACCUAUAUGAAAGACAGUUAUUAUCAAAAUGUGGAAUUUCCACAAUGGUACCAAGCCAAUCCGCUUAUUUAUUAUCCAAAUGCCAGUCGUUAUCCGCCUAACACAUCAAUUUCAACAAUAGUCGAACAAAUUAUGAUCGAACAGUGGAACCCAUCUUAUUCUUAUAAGUACUUUUAUGGCUUGUGUGCACCGAAAUAUUGCACUUAUUCUCUACGAAUGCGCACCAAAACGAUUGUGGAAGUGGUGAUCAUUCUCAUUUCGAUGAUCGGUGGUCUGACUUUUGCAUUACAAAUUUUCGCACCAAUAUUGUUGAAUGUAUUUUCCAUACGAGAUUUUGGUAGCCAUGCUGAUCGAGCGACAGCGAAACAUCUUGGCAAAUGGGCAACACGUCUCUACUUUGUUCUUUUGAUCCUUGGUCUUACUAUUCUCACAUUGUAUACUAUCAUUCAACCUCAAACUGUAACAACCACAUUCGAUAAACCAUCGUUUAAAAGUUAUACACAGUUGGAACAAAAGUAUGGAGAGAAAUUUAAAUGUACAUGUUCGAAAAUUGCAACAAAAUACAAUGAAUUUACUAAGAUCAAUGCAGAAUUUCAUAAAAUUUGCACAAGUCCGAUGACAUCCGAUCAAUGGCGGUAUGAAAUUUCCAAUGGUCUUGUCUCAAACUUAUCGAUUUACGGACAACAAGAUUAUCGUCGUUUUCUUGCAGCUCAUUUACAAUAUCUUCAAGGUUUAUGUCAACUUUCCAUUCAAUCUAUUCAGAGCACUAUUGAACAAUUUCUCACGUCAUUAUUCAUAACAACUGAACUUUUAAGAGAAAAUGACUUUCACUCACGUCUGAAUUUAUCAAUCAAACAGAAGAAAUCGACCGCUUCGAAAACAUUGACACGUCUUUUCUUCCUGAUUCGAAGUGUUAAUCAUGGCAAUGCAUUCGUUUCCAGUUAUGGCACAAAUUUCGAGUAUCUCUCCACUUGGUUUACAUCGAGUGUCUACGUUCCAUUUAUUCCGAGUCGAGCGAUUAUCUAUGAUGGCAACUGUUCAUGUGGAUUACAUUCCAAUUGUACUACUCAAGCUAAUUUUAUUGAUGAACAAAAACUGUCUGCUGCAAUUCCAAUUAAAGGUUUAAAAAUGGGCUGCUUACCAAGUGAAUCUCUCCGUUCGUCAACGCUCGAAUGCUUCUAUGAUCAAUCGUGUCUGAAUCUGGUUCAAAAAUAUACGAAUGCAACAAUACUAAUCAACUCGUCAACACCGCUAUCAAUAGCAGAUAGUCGAUUUUUCAUCAACACCACUGUUGCUGAACUUAUGGACGAACUAUUUGUCGAACAGUGGGCAACAACAAUUAAUUAUUCAUUAUAUUUCGAGCAAUGUUUGCCUUUGUUGUGUUCAUAUACUUAUAAUCAGCCGUUCAGUGUGCUCUACACUAUUACUGUUAUGCUUGGUCUUCAAGGUGGUCUUUCCAUUGUUUUAGAAUGGAUCUGUCCAAAAAUAGUUCGAAUCAUCAGAAAGAAAUACUCGCAAACUAUUCAUCCGACAGCAUCGACGGAUACACAAUCAACGAGCACUUCAUUCGAAACUAUGAGUGUUCAACGAUCAAACCGAUCGUAUAUGAAUGCGAUUUCAAUAUGUUUAAUAAUUACGAUUACAAUCGCUUGUCUUACACUCUUUUCGAUUUAUGUCCUUCGGUCGAAGAAGACGACAACUAAUCCAGAUGAAUUUUCAUUGCCUACGACAAUUAACAUCGAUGAAAGUACGAUGGCGACAAGUACAAUGACCACAACAACAACUUCAACUUCGACGGCACAUAUACCCAUGUGUCAGUUGCAGUUUCAAAUAGCAGUUCGCUAUAAUAAUACUUCGAAUGCUGGACUCAAAUCUCCUGUUAUCGCUGAUCUGAAUGGAGAUAAUCUAGCUGACAUUGCUUUUUUCAAUUAUAAAACUAGCAGCAUUCAUGUUUUGCUUGGGGAUGGUCGUGGAUACUACACAAACGAAAUGAAAACUUUCGUAAUGACAUUUAACACAUGGUAUUUCGGUUUAGCAGUAAGCGACUUUAAUAAUGAUAAAAUACCUGAUGUCGUAAUGACUAGUGAAAGUCUAGCUUACAUAUACAUGAUGUUUGGUAAUGGCAAUGGAACAUUUCGAUCGUUAGCGAAGUUUUAUAUGGGAGACAGUACGAAUUUACGAGGUAUUAUUGCUUAUGAUUUUAAUGGUGAUAAUAACAAUGAUAUAGCUGUGUCUGCUCCAUCGUUUAACAUACUCAUUGUUUUAUUAGGAAAUGGAGAUGGAUCGUUUCGAAAUAGGACAACAUACUAUACCGGGCUUAAUGCAAAUCCAUCAACAGUGGAUCAAGCUGAUUUUAAUGGUGAUGGUCAUCAAGAUAUUAGUUACAAUACGAUUAAUAGCCGAGGCUUUGGUGUGUUGCUCGGCAGAGGUGACGGAACAUUUGAACCGCAAAAGACCUCAUUUGUUGGUGGCAAUUAUUAUCCAUCGUACAUUGCGAUUGGUGAUUUCAAUCGAGAUAAUCAUUCGGAUGCUGUUGUUUCCUACAGCGGUGGUAAACGAAUUGGUGUCCUAUUAGGCAAUGGUGAUGGAACGAUGAGUCCGGUGGAAAAAUAUAUUGUAGGAAAUAAAACAUACUAUACACGACCUGCCACUGGUGAUUUCAAUAACGAUGGUAUAUCAGAUAUAGCUGUCAAUCCGACUUCCCGGUCUGUUAUCUAUAUUCUAGUUGGAUAUGGUGAUGGGGACUUCGAUACACAAAUGAUCUUUUCAACAGGAUUAACUGGCAGCUAUACUUGGAUCGUUGUUGGCGAUUUUAACAACGAUCAUUGUCAAGAUAUACUCGCUUCAGAUGACACUGCUGGUGCCAUGUUCGUUCUAUUGAAUACUUGUGCAUGCCAUUGA